CGGAGAGGGGAGCAGCCAAGUGCGUCGCUGCCUCGCGGUCACCUGUACGUGAAACUGACACCUGUUGCCAUCGGGUUUGAAAAAGACAACGCUCGUAUUUCAGGUAGUUUGCAGCGCCACAAAGGAACAGGCCUUUUCGUUUUUUCCAGACAGUGACUUGCUUUCCACACGGAGCAAACUGAGGCACAAAUUGGACUAAAAUAAAAACCACGUACGAGGGAUGUGUUUUUAAUAAGGAAAUCUACCAGCAACCAGCAGUACCCGUGCUACAGAUUGAACAUGUUGCAGGUUAUAUGAGUGACAGAUAUGGGGUCAGCAGGAUCAUAUUUGCAGACUUUCACUGUGCUGGCAGUUUCUUGCCUAUUUUUGGCCACUGAAGAUGUGAGGUCAGAGGUGCGUGGAAAGGUUGGAGGUGUGGUGGAACUGGAGUGUGGUUUUCCUCCAUCAAACCCAGCUGCUGUGUCCACUGCAUCCCUACAUGUGGUAGAAUGGGUUCGACAGGGACUUGACAUCCCUGUCCUCAUUAAAUUUGGAUCCUACGCACCUCGUGUCCAUCCACAAUAUGAGGGGCGGGUGUCUCUGGUUAGAAUCAUCGCCCUGAGGCUGGAGGGUCUGCAGCUGGAUGACCAGGGCUUGUAUGAGUGUCGAAUUCUCUUGCUAGAUAAACCAAAAGAUGAGCCUCAAAACGGCACCUGGACUCUACUGUCUGUAACUGCCCCACCCACCUUCACAGAAGCCCCGCCUCCUGUGGUGGAGGUUCUGGUUGGAGGUCACCUAUCUCUUGCCUGUGUUGCCAAUGGCAACCCUACUCCGACCAUCACCUGGCUGAAAGAUGGCAGUGUGAUUCAAAGAACAAAAGAUCAGAAGGGACCCUUAUCUCUGCGAGCAGUGAGCAUGCAGUCAGCAGGACAGUACACAUGCCACGCCUCCAAUUCUGAGGGAAACAUGACCCAUGUGACGGCAGUGAAGAUCAAAGGUCCACCUGUCAUCAUAGUUCCUCCAAAAAGCAUCUCGCUCAACAUGUCCCAGAAUGCAUAUCUCCGGUGCCAGGCGGUGGCCGAUCCCCCUAACAUGACCUAUGUGUGGCAGAAAGGUGGAGAAAAUGUCUACCACAUAGAGUCUUUGAAGUCACGAGUGAAGAUCAUGGUUGAUGGAACUCUGCUUAUCUCUGGUCUCCUCCCAGGAGACUCUGGGAACUACACCUGCAUGCCUACCAAUGGCCUGCUGACCCCACCCACUGCCUCUGCCAACCUGACAGUGAUGCACCCAGCCCAGGCUCUUCGAAUGCCCCAGGAAACCUACCUUCCUACAGGUCUGGUUGGUGUGGUUACCUGCCCAGCAGCAGCUCAGCCUCCACUAGUUCGUGUAGAUUGGACAAAAGAUGGAGAGCCACUUGACCUGUCCAUGUAUCCAGGAUGGAGCUUGACAUCAGAGGGUUCUUUGUUCAUGGCCACAGUUAAUGACGAUGCAGCAGGCAUGUACACGUGUACCCCCCGCAACAGCUAUGGCAGUAUGGGUUCAUCUGGGCCAACCUAUGUAAUUUUACAGGAUCCCCCAGCAUUCAGCAUCACUCCAGAGAAGCAGUACAAACAGGAGGUGGGUAGAACCCUUCUCAUCCCCUGUCAAGGAAAUAAGGACCCAACAAUUAAAGUCACCUGGAGCAAGGUUGGCUUGGCUCCUCGUGUUUCUUACUCCAUAGAACCCAAUGGUUCUCUGCUGCUGCAGCCACUUGCUAAGGACCACCAGGGGGCAUGGGAGUGCACCGCUACUAACCGUGUGGCAUCUGUGCAGGCCAGCACACAAGUCUUUGUCCUGGGAACUAGUCCCCAUGCGGCUACCUCUCUGUCCAUCUCUCCAGGGGUGAAACAGGCCAACAUAUCCUGGGAAGCAGGCUUUGAUGGAGGAUCAGCACAGACAUUUUCAGUUUGGGUGAAAAAGAUCUCUGCCAGUGAUAGCGAUGGAAAACGGGACUGGUUUUCUGUCUCUGUGCCCCCCUCCUCUGGCACUAGGCUGCAGGUGACAGGCCUGUCUCCUGCUGCCAAAUACCAGUUCAGCAUCCUGUCUCACAAUAAAAUGGGCACAGGACCCUUCAGUGAGAUUGCCAUCGCAUGGACCUUGGAUGCUCCACUGCGAAGAAGUAAACUAAAGGCUCCUGCAUCACUGUCAGCUAAUCAGAGCUCAGCAGGUGUUGUUCUGCAGUGGUACCUUCCUGAUGCUCAGCACCCUCCCAUCACAGGCUUUGUUCUCCAAUCUCGCACUGAGCAAGGGGAGUGGUUUAAUUUGGUCGAGGACAUCACUGCCAACAGUAGCAAGAUAGUUGUUCCGGGUCUGCACAAGGACUGUUUGUACGAGCUGCGGCUGCUAUCUCGUCGCGGGGAGUUGCUGAGCGAGCCCAGUCCAUCAGUCAAUGUCUCCACCAUGGGGAUGGAGAUGUACCCUGCCACAUCCCGACUCCUGGAGUUUGUCCCAGAGCCAUUACUGACUGGUGUGCUGGGCGGGGCUGCCUUCAUGUGCUUGGCACUGGUCUUGCUGCUGGGCUCUGCCUGUGUCAUCAGCCACAGGAGGAAUAAGCGGCGCAGAAAGAAGAAGGAUGAAAGAUUUCAGGCACCAGCAGUCCAGACAGUGUGUUGAAGAAAAACCUGCUUCCAGCCAGCACCCUCUAUCCCACCACUUCCUCUACCACCACCACCUCCUCCUUGCAGACAGACUGUUCCUCCUUUAGCACUGA